AUGAUGAUCACUCCUCCAGACGAGGUUUCGAGUACGCCAGUGCUGGGCACCAAGCGGACUGUAUCACUUGCAGCAACUCCUCAAAGUGGCGACCGCUUGAAGAAGCCGUUCAAUCUCACCUUGAGCGACGACAAGGAGAAUACACCAGUUUCGACAAGACGGCCAUCUGCUACUCAAUCUGGACGAUACACAGGAACUCCUCAAUCCGCAAACCGACUCUCCCAACCCUUCAAAUGUCCCGGAUCCGCAACUAUAACUCGAGCAUCGGAGAAACCAACGCGAAAACGACGAAAAGUAAAUUAUAGCGGUGCUGAUGGCGAGGAGGAGGAUGGGGAUAAGCCGUGGACGAACGAGGAUAGGCUGGCACUGGCGAAUAGAGAUGUGAAUCGAUUCCCAGUCUUUGAAGUCAAGGACAAGGAGACUAUGUUCCGAAAACGCUUUGCGGUGCCAUUGAUCAACAAGGACUCUGCAGCAUACAAUCCGAAUCGACCUCCACCCACACUGGGACUGAGACAGGGGGCUGUGUUCAUCGCAAAGCCAUUGCACGACCCGAGCGGAGAGUUCGCCAUUGUUCUGUACGAUCCUACGAUUGAUGAGAAACCGAAGACUAUUGAAGAGGCGAAGGCGGAUGGCGAACCACCUAAGAUUGAAGCUCCGCUGGUGCACAAGAGUCUUAGAGAGAUAUUGGGAAUCAAGAAGGUGGUGGAGGGAGAUCGGCCAAAGGUCCCCGUGGUUAUUGAUCCGAAACUUGCGAAAGUUCUACGGCCCCAUCAAAUCGAAGGUGUCAAGUUUAUGUACAAGUGCGUUACAGGAAUGAUUGAAGAGAACGCGAAUGGCUGUAUUAUGGCAGAUGAGAUGGGUUUAGGAAAGACUUUGCAAUGUAUUGCUUUGAUGUGGACCCUAUUGAAGCAGUCUCCAGAUGCGGGCAAACCGACGAUUCAAAAAGCCAUUAUUGCAUGUCCUUCGAGUUUGGUUAGGAAUUGGGCGAACGAGCUGGUGAAAUGGCUUGGACCAGAUGCCAUCCAACCUUUUGCAAUUGAUGGUAAAGCUACAAAGGAAGAGCUCACUCAGCAAUUACGGCAGUGGGCAAUUGCAAGUGGCCGAGCAGUAACAAGACCUGUCAUCAUUGUUUCCUAUGAGACAUUACGAUUGAACGUCAGCGAGCUGAAAAACACCAAGAUUGGACUUAUGUUAUGUGACGAAGGUCAUCGGUUGAAGAACGGCGACAGUCAGACUUUUACAGCAUUGAACGAGUUGAAUGUUUCGAGAAGAGUCAUCUUGUCGGGUACACCUAUCCAAAACGACUUAUCCGAGUACUUUUCACUCAUCAGCUUUGCGAAUCCUGGCCUCCUUGGAACUCGAAUGGAAUUCCGCAAGAAGUAUGAACUUCCAAUUUUGAAAGGACGGGAUGCUGCUGGCAGCGACAAGGACCAAGAGAAAGGAACCGAGCGCCUACGAGAACUUUUAACCGUUGUCAACAAAUUCAUCAUCAGACGAACCAACGACAUUCUUUCCAAAUACUUGCCAGUCAAGUACGAACAUGUCGUGUUUUGCAAUCUUGCUCCGUUCCAGCUCGAUUUGUACAAUCACUUUAUCCGCAGCCCCGAUAUCAAGGCGCUGUUACGUGGCAAGGGAAGCCAACCUCUCAAAGCAAUUGGCAUGCUGAAAAAGCUUUGCAACCACCCGGAUCUCCUUAAACUCCCAGAAGACCUGCCUGGAAGCGAGGAGUUCUUCCCAGAAGACUAUGUCCACAAAGAUUCUCGAGGUAGAGAUCGAGACAUCAGGCCAUACUACUCUGGCAAGAUGCAAGUCCUCGACCGCAUGCUUGCUCGAAUUCGACAAGACACAAAUGACAAGAUUGUUUUGAUCAGCAAUUAUACACAAACCCUCGACAUGUUCGACAAGCUCUGCCGCCACCGUGGAUAUGGUAGUCUGCGACUCGACGGCACUAUGAACGUAACAAAGCGCCAAAAGCUCGUUGACAAAUUCAACGACCCCGAAGGCGCCGAGUUCAUAUUCCUGCUAAGUAGUAAAGCCGGCGGCUGCGGCCUGAACCUCAUCGGUGCCAACCGCCUCGUGCUCUUCGACCCAGACUGGAACCCAGCUGCAGACCAGCAAGCCCUAGCACGAGUGUGGCGAGAUGGGCAGAAGAAAGACUGCUUCGUGUACCGCUUCAUUGCAACAGGUACAAUCGAAGAGAAGAUCUUCCAGCGACAGUCCCACAAACAGUCUCUCUCCUCCUGCGUCGUGGAUUCUGCUGAAGACGUCGAGCGCCACUUUACGCUCGAUAGUCUGAGGGAGUUAUUCCAGUACCAUGGCAAGACGACGAGCGAUACACACGAUACAUUUAAAUGCAAGCGGUGCAAACCGGAUGGGAAGCAGUAUAUCAAAGCGCCGGCUAUGAUGUAUGGUGACACGAGUACAUGGAACCAUUUUGUUAACGAAGGGAUGAAGACCAUCCAAGAUCUGUUGUUGAGGCAGGAGGUUGGUGCGGAUGAAGUGUCGGCUGUGUUCCAGUAUAUUUCGCAUUGA